UCUCUCUAGUUUCUUGUCCUUGUUCUUCUUGUUCAUCUUCCUCCUGCGAAAAAUGGUGACGCUAGAGAAGGGCCUCUCGACCUCCCUGAACGCGAAGCUCACCGGCUCAGGCGCCGAGACGGUGGUUCUCGCUCACGGCUUCGGAGGAAACCAGACCGUGUGGAACAAGAUCCUCCCUCCCUUGUCCCGGUAUUUCAGGGUCCUCGUCUUCGACUGGGGUUUCUCGGGAGCUGUCAAGGAACAAGAAGGUCUGUUCGACCCUGCGAAGCACUCCUCCUACGAUGCUUUCGCUGGUGAUCUGAUCGCCCUCCUGGACGAGGUUGGCCUCGAGUCCACAGUCUUCGUCGGCCACUCCAUGUCCGGCAUGAUCGGUUGCAUUGCCUCUGUGAAGAGGCCCGACCUCUUCAAGCGGCUCAUACUCGUUGGUUCUUCCCCUAGGUAUUUAAACACAGACGGCUACGAGGGCGGGUUCGAGGCCGCACGGAUCGAUCAGAUCCUAUCCAGCGUCGAGUCCGACUACCACAGUUGGGCACCCAACUUUGCUUCUCUGGUGGUGGGUCCGUGCGAUCCCCCCUCGGUCGAGGCAUUCGCGAAGUGCUUGGGAAGGAUGAGGCCCGAAGUCGCGCUUUCCUUGGCCAAAAUGAUCUUCCCGGGCGACUACGGGGAGGCCCUCGGGAGAGUGACGACCCCGUGCACCAUAAUCCAGACCACGAAUGAUGCCUUCGUGCCGAGUUCGGUCGCCCGGUACAUGCACGAGGCGAUUCGGGGGGAAUCGACGGUCGAGACGAUCAAGGCGGACGGCCAUUGCCCUCAACUCACCGCGCAUCGGCAGCUCCUCGACAUGUUGAGUGGAGUCUUGGGGUUCGAGUGCGAUUAGAG